GGGAAGCUGAUAAAUACAAAAACAGUUUUUUGAAAAUACUUCGACUGGAAAGACAAGUGUGCUGGAGUUUAUAAAAGAUACACACACUUCUUCCGAAUGUUUCUUGGUUUAUGUCAGUUCUGACUUUGAUUUUCCUGUUUCCUGAGUUGUGAGUUGAAGAUUAUUUGUAAACAAUUGUUCUGACUUCCAUUUUCCUGUUUCCUGAGUUGUCUGUUGAAGAUUAUUUGUAAAUGUUCCGUUCAAAGUGAGGAACACUGACUUUGUGGUGUGUGUUUUUUAUACUUGUGUAUAUUGAGAUUAUUUGUUGAUUUACUGGGAUAAACUGCUUUGAUGUGCUUCAGUUCGUGGAAAGCAAGAGUUAAGAGUUUGAAGAAAUGGAAGCGCCGUUUCUUCGUCCUCUUCAAGCCGUCUGGCAGCCUGCCUGGCCAGUAUGAGCUGAAUUACUACAACGAUGACUUGUGCACCAAGAAGAAGGGAACCAUAGACCUGGAACAGUGUGAGCAGAUCAUCGAGUCCCUCGAUUCGGAGCAGUUCCCCUACCUGCUGGCCAUCAAGACGAUCUGCCGCGGCAAGGAUCGAACCUACUUCCUGUCAGCAGAUUCGGAAGAAGAAAUGACAGCAUGGGUGAGAAACCUGUGCAGCGUUUGUGAACUGAAACAAGAGGAUACUCCGACUGACAUACCCGAGCCGAAGAAAAAUGCUCCUGCCAGUGAUACAGUGGUAACAGGGUCACAGAAUGAUACUCCAAAUGGAAACGUGCAGUCGUCAGCAUUGUCCCAUCAUAUCACCACCACACAGCCGAUGUCCAUUAAUAAAUCACAGUCCAUUUCUAAGCGAGUACUGCAGUCGCCAACAACACAGAAAACUCCACCUUCUUCGCCAUCAUACAUCCCUGUAUGGGAGUCUAAUUCUGGUUCACAGAAAAAGAAGUCAUCCCCAUGUAUUGAACGAAGCAACAGUAUUGACAGUGUUCCAGAAGAAAUGGCCCCGCCACCUCCCAUGAAGGUGGGACUGCCUCACGGGAAGCAUGAUCACAACUCUGGUCAUGACAGUGUGUUCACCUAUGACUUUCCGCCCUCAAAAAGAACUGCUAUUCCACAAGACUUGUAUCAGGUUCCCCCGACAAGGACACUUGACAGCACGGAUAGCAGGCAGUCUUCGUAUGACGUGCCCCCUCACCUUGACCCACUAGACAGACCUACCCAUGCUCCUUCUGUUACCACUGCCCAGGCCUACGACACGCCACCGCGAAGCGGUCGGUCUCUUCACAAUGUCACGAAACAGCAGGCAUAUGACACCCCACCUAGUGUUCAGCAGCCUUAUGACAUUGCACCCCAUGUCCCUCAGCCCUGCGACACCCCUCCACACGUUCAGCAGCAGGCAUAUGACACCCCACCCCACGUUCAGCAACCCCAUUGCCAAAAAUCUGCAAAUACACCUCCACAAGCCCAUAAAACAGUUUCAUCACAAGAAGCGUACGAUACGCCACCGCUCUGUGUGCCAAGAAGUAGCCCUAAUGUCUGCAAAUCCAGUGCUGUUGAAAGAAAGGGUAUUGUUACUUUGCAUGGACAGCAGACAAGUCCGCCAAACCUGCACGCUCAGUUAAUGUACGAUGUGGUACCGACACACAACGCAGAUCAGAACCUGGUGCUUCCUCCUCAACGCCCUCCAAGACCGCACGUUCAGUCGGCCUACCAGAACAUCCCUCAUGGAAGCAAGCUGUUCGACAACACGGACCUCUCUGCUGUGCCAGCUGCACCGAAAGCUUUAGAGAAACCUCUGCAGCUGGACAGCUACGAUAUUCCUAAAUCCAAUACAGACGUGGCCAAAAGUGUUGACCUCAGUUCAGUGGCUCCCGCACCAAAGCCCUGUACGCCUGCAAACAUUCAUCCCUAUAUCAAUGCUGCCUCGGGCGUGAUGGACAUUCGCCAGCCAGGAUACAUUGCAAUGGAUGGAGAACUGGAGGAGGUGUACACGGAUAUGUCCGUCUUGAGACUGCCUCCAGGUUCAGAGUUCGGACCUCCCCUUGAAACGUCUUACACAGACAUGAAGCAUCAGAAUGGGGCGCCACCACUGUCGUGCAGAGCACCCAGACCUGUAACGUCUUCCAGUCUAAGGGCCAUCACUGCUGCCAAUCCAGGGUUUUUUCACAAGUUACCAUAUUCAAUGGCAGAUGCGGACAUGUACCUGAACCAGAUCUGGAGUUCACAGCGCACGAAGAGCUUCAAGAGACACGACGACAAGCACAGUGUCAAGGUCACAAGUUUAAGACGACCUAUUCCAGUAACUGUGGACAAGUCCCCAUUACAGCUGCCUUCCCAUCAUGACACAGUGUCUAGUUCUGACGAAGAAGAUGAUGAUGGCACUAACGGUGUCCAUAUACCUAAACAAAUGAGGGCAGUUCCACCUCCUCCUGGAGGGGAAGACAAGGAGUUGAAGUAUUUGGACCUUGCACUUGAUGAAUACACGCAAGAACCGACGGCAAAACUCCCCAUCACUGGACACAUUUCCCACUCCACCCCAACGGAAUACCGGGAAAUUGACUUUGUCAAAACUCAGGCUCUUAGUAAUACUAAAAAGUGGAAAGAUGGUCAGAUGAAAAUGGAAAAAAGUUGAAAAUUAGUUAAAUGAAAUUGAUGUAAUAUUUUGUUACUGAAAUAAGUGAGUGAUACAAACAUUUUAUUAUUUUUUAUUAUUAUUAUUUUUAUUAUUAUUUUUUUUUUUAUGGAGUUAUAGUUGGACCAAAACAAGGUUAAUAGCAUUUAAAUGUAAAACAAAAGGUAGAACUUUAAUACAAAGGUUUUAAAUAAGAUAUUUUAAUGAUUAAAAAUAAGAAAGGUUUUUGCUAUUUGUUUAUGUCUGCACAUUUCAGUUGCAUUUUGUUUUUAAUUAUCGUGAUAACCAUAAAAUGGGGAAAAUGUUUUAUAUCUUGUUUAAAAAUUUGUUUACUGUGGUUUUUACACCCAUCUUUUAAAACAAAGUUUUGAUGUUGUGGAAUUUAUAUACAAUUCUUUUACUAGUGCAAAUGGGAUGCAACAUGGAACUAAUUUGUAUAUUUUUUAUUUGUGUACUGCAUCCAUAAAAUUAAUUGUUCUGUGGUACUAAUUUUGAUUUACUGAAAAUGAUGAUAAUUUUAUCUAACCAGGCUGUUGUUUAUUAACCCACUUCUUCAAGUAUUGUUAUGUUGUGACCCAGUAUUCUUUUAUACACGGUCCAAGGAAAUUACACCAAGUGGCAGUUUUGCAAGAGUUAUAACAGAGAUAAUUAAUAACAAAUGUAAUACCACUUACUUAUUGAUUAAUUAAUAACAAAUGUUGUACCACUAACACACUAUGUAUUUACUAAUGCAUCCACUUCAAAAAAUUACCAAUUUCUGCAGCUUCAUUGCAAUACCAAAGAGUCAGAAUGACAGGUACAUGGUUUUUAUAAAACCCCUUUUACCUGUUUCGUUCUUCCUUUUUAAAAUAAAAUAAAAACAUUAUUGGUAGAGUUGGGCACCUUAUAGACCGUUCGGUAUUGGUAUCAUAUCAAUACCAAUUUACCGUACAGAGCAAAUUUCAAAAUACUGAAAUUUCGGCAUUGAAAAAUGUUUCCCGCCAUUUAGUAAAGCACUAACAAUAUAUCUGAUGAACGUAAAAUAGGUUGGGUAUAAAUCAGACGAUUGUGUAUGGAGUUUAAUUUUAUUUACAUGAAAUUAGCAGGUGAGCCUUAACUCAGGCAUACAUUUAAAGCAGAGUAUAUCGAAAAUACUGCUUGAUGUCAAUAUGUGUAUUGGUAUUGCGUGAAUACCAAAUUCCUCACCGAUACCAAGGUAAAUCAUGCCAAAAAUACUGAUACCGAUAUUGAUACCAAACCUAAACUUUCAAUACCACCCAGCUUUACUUAUUGAACACACCAGUGUAACACAACUCCAUUAACGUUUCAGUUAACAUCUGGCACUAAAUAUGUAAGACAAUGUUUCUAUGAAGAAACAUUUUCUGUAAGUACGUUGGCUUUUUUACACUGCAUAUGAUCGUGUUUACUGCUGUUUUAUAACCACCGAUAAAUAACUUAGAGCAAAACAUUAUUUACUUUGACUGACAGUUGACAUUUUUCUAUGUAGUAUAUAUACAACAAAUUGUAAAAUUUAACAGUGGGUCUAAAGGUGACGCCACACAAUACGAGUGCCUGUACAAGAAUACUGAUUGCAUUGUAGACCAUGAAAUCUUAAUAAUCUUGUCACAAUUGGCAACUUUCAUUGCUGUUCUUGUACGAGGCACUCUUAUUUUGUGGCAUCGCCUUUACUUUAGUAGUGUCGGGAAUACUUCUUGCAGUUUGGCAAAUAUUUUGUCAUCAAAGUUUGGAAUAUUUUUCACUGCUGGUUUUACACUCCUAACUUUAAUCUUAACUGGUGUGUGAAGACCUGUUGCAAGACAAGGCAACUGUCGAAAUAAUUUUAAUAACUAAUCUGUUAAUACUAGCAGAUUUUGAUGAAAUAUUUUUUGGUAUGGUGCUUCUAAAAAUGUGGAGAUGUCACACGCUAAUUGUCAUGUGGAUGCUCAUGCCCUUACUAGUCUUAGGAUUUUUGUAUGUGCAAACAUUAAAAGAAAAUUUGAUGUAAUUAUUAAACAUGUAUAUUUAACAACGAAGUUUUGUAGAACGAUUCCUCCGUGUUUCUGUGAUGGAUGUCUAACAGGGCUAGCUCGGGGUCAGCCGAAUAUUUGGCCAAAUUAUCUUUAUAAACUUCCAAAAUUACAAAAACCUGUAAUUAUCUUUAUAAACUUCCAAAAUUACAAAAACCUGUAAUUAUCUUUAUAAACUUCCAAAAUUACAAAAACCUGUAAUUAUUUUCAGCAAAAUAGCAAUUAUUAUAUGAAAUUAUUUUACCAAAUAAAAAUAAAAUUUGCCAACUGAUUUUAAAAUUCGUAAUUGGCAGUUUUUUUGAGUGCCAGAACUAGCCCUGCUUAAGUAGGUCACUGUAAUCUUGUUACAUGUUUCAGUUAUUUAUAGUCCAUCCCAUCAUUCUAUAAAAAUGGUUUUUGUAAAUAAUUUCAGUUUGCUUUAACGUAAGAAGAAAAGUAAAAUUGUUUUGGAAAUAAUAAAAAAAAAAAUUAUUUCUGUGUGCAAUUUACAAAUCAGUCGGCUCAGAAAUACGUAACUUGUAGUAAAUUUCAUAGUAUGAAAAAAGGUGUUUCCUGUGGGACGGACUAUAGUACAAAUGUUCAUUUAUACAUGUAGCCUGAUUUAUUCAGUUUUCAUUUGCUAACAAAUUACACAUCCUCAUUGCUUUUAGUGAAAUGGCAAAUCUCAAUAAUUUUAUAUUCUUAGGGUAAAAGUAGCAAAAUGUUUGUGUUGUGUAGGUAUGCUAUUUAUUGUUUUGCUGCAACAGUGUUAUAAUAAUUUUAAGUUGAUAAAAUCAAUUACUUCUGGCCAAUAAAUUGGCAGUUUUGUUUUCUAGUUAUCAGAUGGUGUCUUAAAGCAUUGAAAAGGCUAUUCUGUAAAAUUUGAUGUUCAAUACAGUAUUAACUGGCAACACCAGAGUAGCAAAUAUGAAUGUAGUAGACAUUAUUGGUGCAUGUUUUCUUAGGUGUGGUCAUUGCUAGCCAGAUUUCACUAUGGUUAAUAAAAAGAAACAAUUAAAAAAAAUAAUCUAUAUCUGGGCCAAAUAGUGUGUGUUCUUUGUAAGAUGUGAUAAUUUGUAAUGCAUUUACCAUGACAUUGUAAUUGUUUUAGUGGACAUACAUUUGAUACAUUCAUAUGUAUUUGUAAAAUGUUACAUGUUUUUGUACUGUAUUGUAUUUUUGUUUAUGCUCAUCAAUAGCUGAUCUGCAUGUCUAGCAUAUUAACUUGGUGUAGAUGCUUUCUGAUGAAAUUUCUAACAGUGUUUCUGAUAGAUUUAUUUUUUUAAAUACAGUUUAUUCAGUUAAUAAUGCAAACAAAAGAGAAAAAGUGAGAAAUUAAAACGGCAAUCCUGUGAUUUUUUUUUUUUAUAGGCUCAAAAAUUAAAAAAAAAAUUACUUAUACAUGUGCCGACUAUAUUUAAUUAUGUAAUGUACCUGUGUAUGUAUGUGUAGUUCAAACAUAUUUAACCCACUGCCUGUUUGGAAAAACAAAUAAGAUGAUAAUGCUUUGCUGUUGACAUGUUUGAAACUGCAAGUCGCAAGUAUAUCUUUUAUUAUGUGUUUAAUUAAUCUCUCCCCCCCCCCCAACCCCGUAAUAUGUCAUUUUUUAAUAUCCUUUAAUUGCUCUUGCAAUACACUGUAACACUUUACACAGCUAUCAGAACAGAUGCUUUUGAACUGUUUAAUUAACGGUGUGUUAAAUAGAGAAUAACUCGUUAAUGACGUCGGAUGUCUGCUUUAUUCUGUGAUGGUAAGAAUAGGAAAUUACGGUAGGCUCUGCCGAGUGGAAUUUCUCAUUCGGCCUGAACAGGAUAAAGCAGAUAUCCGACGUCAUUAACUAGUUACUAUCUUUAUUCUGCAGACCAUACAAAUUAUAGGGAAACGCUUUUAUAUCUGUUAUUUGAACCACAUUGUAAGAUGACCUAGAUGUCAAAUAAGCGAUUUUGUAAUGGAGCUAUGCGUGUGAUGUUACGAGUGACAUCAAAAGUCAUAUCCUGCUAGUAACAGGAUAUGACUUUGCUUUAUCUGUGAUCAUAUUCUGUCAAUAGAUACAGUGAUUGCAGCAUACAAAUAUGUACCAGUCUUGUAAGUUGCAGGUGGAAUUUAGCUCAGUUAGUAGGGUGCUAACAGCCUGAGACACUUGGGUCAUUGGAUGAGACCUCCUCGACUGACCUAUUGGGUCCCACAACUGGUAUAUCAAAGGCUGUGGUAUGUACUGGCCUAUUUGGGAAAGUGCAUAAAAAAGAUCCACUUUUCAAGAUCAAAGUGAAUGUCAAACUCUGAGCUGCAUUUACUUGGUGUCUGGUGUUGUGCCAAGUUGUAGAUUUUCGCUCAUAUGAUGGCUCAUAUCAUGUUUUAUAUUUUUUCAUAUGUACUCUUAUACCAUGGCUAUUUACUUAACAGUACAACUCGUUUUGGUUCUUUUCGUAGCUCAUAUUUUUAUGGUUAUAAUGUCUUAAUAUUUUUGUUUCACUUCAAAGGAGUUUGAAGGUAUCAGCAGUAGUGACUGUGUUAACUUUUGUUUUUACCUCAACAUUAAAUGUCUUCUGUUUUUCUCAGAACAGUGAAACUUCACUGUUGCACCUGUGGAUACUUAUCUCAGUGCAUGUUAGUAAACUAGAUUAAUAUUGUGAAUUUUAUGUAACAAAUUAUGCAAACUAAGAAAAAACAAACUCCUCCCCGUUUUUUAAAUGUAAAGUGGAAAAGAGUGAAUCAUAAAUCUUUAUGAGCUGAUUAGUUUAUCACAAACUAGUUUAUGAUAUGUGAAACAUUUAAUUUAACAAAAUUCUUGUUUGUUUUAUUUUCUGUUAUUGAUAUAAUUGUCAUGCUUUACGCAAACUAAAUGUCUUUGUGGGUUUUUUUCAAAUUGUCUUAAUCUAAAAUACACAGUAAUUACACAGAAUUAUUUUAUGACCAUAGUCAAAUGUCAAAUGAGAUCAAAUCAUCAGUAAAUCAUAAAUCAUUGUCUGUUAAACGUGAGGGUGGAUGGGGAAUACUCUCAAAGUUAUGAGUCUGAAUGGUUAUACAUUGUAGGCAGAAAAUGGCUUCCUUACUUGUUCUUUUCGUUUUAUAAGGAUGAAAAUGUAGAUCUUGUUUUGAACAUUUUAAAAUAAGAACAGCUUGCAAUGUGUAGUAAUCCAGUGAGGGCAGAUAACUCAGGCACUGGAUUGCUGGAUUGCUACAGCAUACACUUUCUCUCCAUACUGAAAUAAAGCAACAAGCUGUAUGGGGUAGUGGAAUUGUUAUUAAGUUUAUAUAGUGUACUAGUCAUUUCAUUCUGAUAUAUGUAUGCAGGGCUCAAACUUAAGAAUUUGUCUCCCACGGCAAUUUAAAAAAAUAAUUGCCAUGGCUGAAACGGCCACCCGACGGCAAUUUUGAGCCUGCCUUUGGCAAUAUAUUUUUUAAAGUGACAUUUGCAGCAAAUAAAUCUUUUGUUGUAUAUAGACAUUCAAAUGAGUAAGUGUUGAAUAUUAACAGUUAAUGUACACCAGGUGUAUACAUUGUGCCAUUGUUGGGGAGUUUUAACUGACAGCACAAAAGUACCAUCGGUGAUGCUCUCUACCUUCGGCAAUGUAUAUCUCAACUCUCAACGAUGGCAAUUGCCGUCGUUAAGUUCGAGCCCUGUGUAUGUGGUUAGUUUUGUUGUUUUUAAAAACAAAAAAUAAUAAUAAAAGUAGUUAAGGUUUAUUAUUUGUUACUUAUUCAUUGUACUGCCACAUAUUCAUAACAAAAUGGUCCUUGUUAAAAAAAAAAGAUUAAUAGGGCAUGCUAGUUUAUAAUUGAUUUGGCAAAUACUUGCAAUGUUAGUAGAUAAUUAGGCUGCUUUGAUGUUGUGGUCAAAUUUGGGUCAAAAUACAGGGUAGAUGGAACAUUGUUACUGUAUAAUUCUCAAAUUGGUGCAUUUUCUGCUCAUUUUUUUUUUUUUUUUAUUACAACUUUUUUUUAUAAUAGCAACUGUGAGAUCCUGUGAAAAGUAUGUUGGUGUCAUUAAUGGAUUUUGAUGCUAUAAACACUUUGAAUAUAUAACACAUAUACUUGUGUAUAAUAUUUAAUAUAUUAUGAAGUAGAUAAAACUUCAAUUUUGAGAUUGAUCUAUUUUUCUAUUGCUUUGUAAAUAGAUGUUUUAUAAGAUUAUGAGUAGUUGAAGUUUUAUUUAUUCUGUGCACAUUGGUGUAAACCACAACAUUGUUCAUGCAUUUUUUAAGCAAAUUAUUUUUGAAUAGUAACAUAAACAUAAAACUUACUGAAAACUUGAAAUUGAUACUAGGUUCCUUGGUGUACUAGUGGUGUAAUAAAAAGAAAGGGAAAGUAACAUUGUUCAUGUAAUGGGGGUGGGGAUGAGUGCAGUAUAUAUAUAUAUAUAUAUAUAUAUUAUUGUUCGUUUUUUUUUAAUUUAAAUUUUAUCCUCCCUUUUAUCAUGAAAAUUAUAUAUCAUCAGGAAUAAAUAUGCUGGACAUUUUAUCUUGGAUGUGUUCUUAAGAUUCCAAAAUAGUAUCCUAUUUUGAGUGCUGCCAUUAGUUCAUUAUGUUGUCUAUAGAAAUAAAUCCAGAAGAUUUGUUUUAAAUCAUGGUUUGUUGAAAAAACAAAAAAGGUCUGUCUCUUUUAUCUCUUUAUUUUGUUUCCUAUUGGUUACUCUUUUUAUUUUGUCUCAUUUUAGUUGACUGAUUGUCACUGAAAUUGAGUUUCUAUUAAGCUAUACUCUGUACAUAAAAACUUUGAGAUCCCAAGUUGGGUUCUGUAACACCCAGUUAUUAUUAACUUAAUAUUUAAAUAUAAAUUACAUGUUCACCAUUUGUCUGUAUUUUAAUUAAGUUUUGAAAUCCUUUUAAAUUAUGGCAGGCAGCAGUUACUUUUAAUCUUUGAUAAAGGACUUGUUUUUCCAAGGUAUUUAAAAAUUUUCAGGUACAUUUUAUCAAAGAUAUGAUUUUUGCAAGUUUGGAAAUACAUGCAUUAUCCAAUGUUAAGUUUUGAAAAAUUGAUUUUAUGUUUGUAAAUAAAACUCAUUUUAAUUUUUUUAUUACUUAAAAAAUUUGUUUUUAUUAACCAAUCAGAACUCAACAAAAUUGAAGGUUCAUUAAACAUGCUAUUUUAUGAGUUAUCUCGAAAUAUUUUACAUGUACCAAGUUUGUUUUGACCCGUCAAAUCUCACACAUUUCACACGUGCUUCUGACAUAUGGACCCUUUCUCCAGCAGCUAUGUAAGUUUGACCCUGUGCGUUGUCAUACAAACAUGUAAAAUCAUCUCAUUAAAAAACCUAAACCUUACGAUUUUGCAGUAAUUUUGUAAUUCACAGUCGAAAUCUCAAACUACAGUUUAAAUCCGGAAUCAAAUAAAGUUUUGCUGAUCAUAUCUGAUGAUGAGGUGAUUUUUGUCAAAUCCAAUUUAUUACUGGACCCUAUGGAACUUGCAUGUACAAAUGUCUAUUGUAUGUAUGCUCUUAACCGGUACUUCAUAGAUAUACACAGUUAUGCUUAUUUUGUUUUUAGGCAGUCUACAGGGCAGUAUUAAAAACAAAAUUUAUAUGCAUGUAUUUGUUCUUGUUGCAUUGUUCUUCACAUUUAUGGUGUCAGUGCAUGAUAUAUCAUGUACGUACAGCAAUGUAAAUAGAAUAUGCAGAGUGGUGCUGUUCAGUUAAUUAUACUAGAUUGUGUGAUGGAAAUGUAUGUAUGUAGAUAUCUAUCUAUAUAUACAUGUAUAUGUGUGUGUGUGUAUAUAUAUAUAUAUAUAUGUAUGUAUAUGUAUAUGUAUGUAUAUAUAU